CCUACGAAGUGCAGGAUGAAGUUAGUUUCGAUUUGGGCGUUGGCUGCUCUUUGCCUUUGCCUUGGACAAGUGGCCAGCAGCGAAAAGCUGCUUAAUUGCUACUGGGGCACCUGGGCCAACUACCGUCCUGGAGAUGGAAAGUUCACUCCCGCGGACAUCGACCCCUCCCUGUGCACCCACAUCAGCUACACCUUCUUCGGAAUCAGCGAUGCCGGCGAGUUCAAGUCCCUAGACACCUGGCUGGACAUGGACGAUGGACUAGGUUUCAUUAGCCAGACGAUUGCGCUGAAGCAGCGCAACCCAAGCCUCAAGAUUUUAGCCGUAGUUGGUGGCUGGAAUGAAGGUUCCACCAAGUACUCGGCCAUGGCCGCCGAUCCUGCCAAGCGUGCCACCUUUGUGUCAACUUCGCUGGCUUUCAUUCAGCAGUACGGCUUUGAUGGUUUGGAUUUGGACUGGGAGUACCCUGGACAGCGAGGAGGCAGUGAAGCGGAUCGCGAAAACUUCGUUACUCUGCUGCGCGAGAUUAAGGAAACCUACGACCAGUAUGGAUUGGAACUGGGUAUUGCUGUCGGUGCCUCCGAGAAAUCGGCCAGCAUAUCAUACGACAUUCCGGCCAUUUCGCAGCACUUGACUUUCAUUAACGUUAUGACCUACGACUUCCACAUGGCUCUGGAUGGCUAUCUGGGUCUGAACGCUCCUCUGCCCGAGGUCGCCGAAUCCAUUGACUAUUGGCUUUCUCAUGGUGCACCCGCUGAGAAACUUAUCUUGGGCAUUGGCUUCUAUGGCCACAGCUACCAGAUGUCCGAUAGCUCACAGAACUGGCCCGGAGCUGCGUGCAUUGGUCCCGGAUCUGCUGGCGUCUACACCCGGGAAAAUGGGUUCAUGGGCUACCACGAGAUCUGCCUGAACAACUGGCAAACCGUUUUCGACCAGGAGAACGGUGCUCCAUAUGCUUUCCAGGGAGAUCAGUGGAUCGGCUAUGACAAUCCCGAAAGUAUCCAGCUGAAGAUGCAGCUGGUCGAGUCUCGCAAUCUGGGUGGUGCCAUGAUGUGGUCCAUCGAGACGGAUGAUUUCCGUGGCUUGUGCGGAGAGUCCUAUCCCCUGCUGAAGACCAUGAACCGUGCCCUGGGCAAGGAAGUGAGUGGAGGAGGUGGCAGCAGCGGAGGAGGAAGUGUUACUGCCGCUCCAACUGCUGCUCCAACUGCUGCUCCCACUUCGGCAACCACUCCCGGUGGUGGAAGUGGUGGCAACGGAGGAGGCUCCAGUGGAGACUGCUCCGCAGAUGGUCAUUUUCUAUGGGAGGGCGAUUGCAGUAAGUACUUCCAGUGCGCCGGUGGCAUCCGUUACGACUUUCAAUGCGGGGAAGGACUGUACUUCAGUAGCUCAACCAAAAUAUGCGACUGGCCGUCCAAUGUAGAUUGUCCCUAUUAAAUGAUUAGCAAAUGAAAAUAAACAAACAUGACU